AUGUCCUCUUCACAUCGCAAUCUUGUCCAUCGACACGCUCAGAGCAUUCUCUCUGGGAAAACUCGCCCCCUGGCCCCAGGAGAAACCUGUCUCUAUUCUUACUACGAACCUUCUCUCACCAGCGGCCUUCAUCAUGUCAAAGUCAGCCAAACAAUCGAGGCACCAGCAGACCCCAGGGAUUCUGAUCAAAAUACUCAAAAAGACGCAAUCGAAGCCAUUGAGCAGGCCUUCAUUGCCACUGCCCCUCGAUUCUCUCUUCAGCCAGGAGCCGUUGACUCUGUUUUUCCCAAGCCCGGGACACAGGCGGAACAUACAGUUCUGCCUCACAUUGUUCUUACCGAUCCGCAUUUACCGUGGAGUAGAAGCCCAUCAGCAGCACAUCUUCCUCCUGAUGAAGACGAGAAAACAGAUCGAAGUCGAACUACAUGGCUUGCUCUGAUGGUCUUUUCAAUAGAAGAGCUUCAAAUGGGCCAAGCUGACAUUGAUGAUAUCAUGCGCUAUGUGCCCAACGAUUCGGGCGCAAAGCGCGAACAGAGUGAGACGGGCGCUUUGAGGAUGAUGGCUCGUGAUACACCCAAGCUGAACGGAGCAAUCACUACGACUGCUUUUAACAAAAUUGUAGAUGCAAAAGACGCGGCUGAGCCUACUGAUGUGGUGGUGAUGCCAGGCCAGCUAUUUACGGCUUUGUUUACAGAGCCAGGCGGUGAUGGUAGCAGGCUCAACGUGGCAUCUUACAAACACAUGGCUCAUGUGAGACAUAUAGGAACAGACGGCAUGGCAAAUGCUGGUUCCAAAGAUGAUGAUGCACUAUUCAGUAUUGUCAUCAGCCGUCGUACAGGCCUGAUCGACUCCGAUCUGCCCACGCCGUUGGUUGUUCACCUCUUGUCCCUUGUCUUUGACGAGAAGAUGCCAGUUCCCACAGUCAACGAUCGUGUAGCUAUGACAAGUCUCCAUAGCUGGACCUACACCUGUCUUCCAUCACAAAAUAUAGCCGGUAAAUUUGAACUUUUGACUAAUCUAGGGCAAGAUUUGAACGUUUUGCGGACUGGAGACAAUGCUCAGCCUGAACCAUUCGUCUCUGGUGAUGCCUCUCAAGACUUAUCCAUAGUUGAUCUUAUCGAAGCCCGGAAAGCUGACGGAUACACGCUCUCGCCCACCCGCACAGUUACUGGCGAAGUGACUGCUGCGUUAUUGCGCGGGCCUCUUGUGCCGAGGCGGGUCAAGCGUCCGCUACGAGAUGGGUUUACGAUGCAAUCAAAUCACGGCAGCGACCUGGCAAUUUUCGAUAACAAGCUUGGCCUUCUUGAUAUAACCUACUCGAGUGCCUGGCAGCUGGGCAAGAAGCUGGCCAUGGCGGAUGAGCCCUUCUGUGCUGCCCUUGCUCGAUUACGGAGUGCAGUGCACAGUCGUGGCUUGGACGGCUCGAAACAAGAGAUUCAUGCUCUCUUUGGAGACGAUGGGCAUGAACGUCGCACGAAAACAGCGGACAGUAUGAUCGAUCUGGUUCAAGGCCUUGUUGAUAUCAACGCCAGCUUGCAUGCAUCUGGCGGUGCUGCGACGUCUCUCGCUCGAACCCGGUGGCACGCAGCAGCUCUCAUGCUCGCCAUGUCAGAUAAAAGGGGCGUCAUGCACGAGUACAACAUAGCUGCUAGUCCCGACUAUGCCUACAUAUACUCUUGGAUCCUUAAUAAAGUACAUCUUGCCAAUGUGCCUGCUAAUUAUCUUAUACCGGACCCUUUGUCUCUCCCGCAGGAAACUCUUCGGUUCUUCUUCAUUGACGACAAUUGGAUUGAUGCAUUGAUUGACGGAGCUCUGAGUCUGGCAAACCACUGGGGCUAUACGCCAGAUAUGGACAAGUCGCGCAUCGCCAUCAAACUUGCUAUUAAUGAGCGUCUUCGAACUCCAGAUGAGUCUCUUGGAGGCUGGCAUGCUUUAAUGCCUCGAUACGGAUUCCUAUUACGCAGUCAACUACUCGUCCAGUUCCCAGAUAUUGUAGUCGAAGCAGUCUUCUCCGAGACCCGAAGUGGGCCGAUAUCGAAGACUGGAGGCAACUCCGGAUCACAAACUCCUGCGAACACGCCUCCCAAGCAGCCUAUCCUUGUUCAGAAGGGGCUGGCUCCAGAUACCAUGUACUGCCUAUUCGAUGCCGCGCCACCAGACCUCCGCCGAAUCAUCCUAAGAAUGCCUCCACACCAACAGUGUUUCAAGAUUGGACAGAAACUGACCAACGAGAAGCUGGCAGUGACAUGGAAGAAGCUCUAUACGACAACGGAGGGGCCGAGCACUGCUCAACCAGGCGAUACACUUGGCUCUACUGACUUCGAGCCUACCGGAAAACCAGCGCCCGUGUUUGACUGGAGCCUACGGACACUUGACCCAGAGAGCUUUGCAACAUUUUUGGUUAAUCGUCAGCGUGAAGGGAGGGAGAAGGAGUUUUCUGAUGAGGAGCCAACUUCGGCAGUGCUUGGACUGCAGCUGAACAAUCCAAUCCUUGAGCUGGAUAUCGGUGAUGUAUUUGUUAAACAGCAAUGA